AUCAGGCACCUCCACCUCAAGCACCGCAGAUGCAAGCGUCGACGUCUCAAGGUUACCCUCCGCCUGGUCCGCAGAACGCGUAUCCCGCGUACCCAACAGCCACCCCGCCGCAGUACCCUACGCACGACAUCUCGAACCAGCAGCUCUCGCAGGAGGCGCAGGGGGCUGCUACCCUCCCGCACGACCCCCCACAAGAGCAGCUGCAGGAGCCGAGCUCCGGGUACAAGCCCCGACCGCUGUUUUGCGUGGUGUGUGCGAGCAACCAGAAUCGGUCGAUGGAGGGGCAUUUUGUUCUAGCUAAGGCGGGCUUCCGGGUGUGCUCGUCGGGGACCGGGUCAGCGGUGCGACUGCCGGGGCCUGCGAUCGACAAACCUAACAUAUACCCCUUUGGCACGCCGUACAACGACAUAUAUGAGCAGCUGUCGUCGCAGGAUGCGAGAUUGUACUCUGCGAAUGGUCUCCUGCAGAUGCUAGACAGGAAUCGUCGAUUGAAGCUUGCGCCUGAGCGAUGGCAGGAGACCAAGACGGUGGCCGACGUCGUCAUCACUUGCGAAGAGCGGUGUUUCGAUGCGGUCUGCGAUGACCUACUCACGAGAGGCGGAGAUUUCAAUAAGCCAGUGCAUAUCAUCAACCUUGAGAUCAAGGACAACCACGAAGAGGCUCAUAUUGCAGGGAAGGCCAUGGUCGAUCUUGCAACAGCAAUUGAAAAUGCGAAAGACAUUGACGAAGAGAUCAAUGACAUCCUCCAGGCGCACCAGGAGAAGCACCCGCACAGCAUCCUGCACGCCGUUGCGUACUACUGAGAUUUGCUUGCCCGGUAUGCACAACCACUCUUGUAUCUAUAUAGGCCACAGAUUUGGGGGAAGCGGCUCCCCGUCAUAGGUACUGUAGCGCACC